UUUAUACCAAACAUUAGCUUGACACUGAAGCUUGUUACCGUACACCAAAUCUUCGUCUUCUUCCCCAAACCCAUUUUCCGUACAAAAGCCACCAGGGUUUGGGUUUCUCUCUGUUUUCGCUCCGAUUUUCUUCAACAACCAUAUGAUUUAGGUACUGGUCCAAGUUCUCGUUUGUAUACGUAUCAGAAAAUAGAAAUGAUGUCUGACAAGAUCAUUCUAGAACAACCGACGGUUCCAAGUUCUGGUGAGUCGAGAUACAUGACACAUCUCUGGGUUUCUGGAUAUGUAGAGCCACCAGAGAGACUCCAUCAUUCCGAUCCAUCUCAGUUGUUAGCCGUCGGUUCCUUGUAUCAUCAGGAAAUAACGUAUAAGAUAAGAGCUGCACUAAAGAUCUUAACGUUCCGUGAGCAACAUGUUCUUGUUCAGUUUUGGUCGCCUCAUGACGUUGGCAAACACCAAAUGCUUACAACCAAAGAUCAACCAUUCGGUCUUGGUGUGGCCAGUGAAAAAUUGUGUUCUUAUAGGAAGGACUCUGAACGCAAAGCUUUUCUUGUGGACAAGGAUCACGAAGAAGACGAUGUUAGUCCUCCUGCACGAGUAUUCAGGCGAGGAUUGCCAGAGUGGACUUCUGAUAUAACCAAGUACGAGACGAAAGAUUUUCCACAACAAGACUGCGCGAUCCGUUGCAAGCUUCAUGGGUAUCUGGCUUUCCCAGUGUUUGAUUCUACUACAGGGUUAUGUGUCGGUGUGCUUGAGCUUUUGACAUUUUCCAAGUUGAAGGAUGUUGCUUAUGAGGUUAAACAUAUUCACCGGGUGCUUAAGACGGUGAAUCUAGCAAGCCCACAAGUUUUUGAAGCAUUUGAUGUCCCUGCUUCAAAUGUUUCAAAUGAGCGUAGCAACAAUGAGUCGGAUAAAAUCUAUGAUAUUUUGAAACGUGUUUGUGACACCCAUAGGCUACCUCUUGCGCAGACAUGGACCUUGUCCCCAUUCACUUGUUAUUUUGCCCAUGAAAAUGGUAUUGAGAAGGGUUGUUGUAGUUUCGACACUAGAUGCGUCGGGAAAGUUUGCAUGUCAACUGCUCUACCUCGUUAUGUCCUAGACAUGAACACGUGGACAUUCUUUGAAGCAAGUAAGACGUGCCACCUGGAAAAGUCUCGGGGAGUUGCUGGUAGGGCAUUGUCGUCCCGUGGUUCUUGUUUUUGCGGAGAUGUAACCAAACUCGAUGUAGAAGAGUAUCCUUUGGUCCACCAUGCGCACAUUAGCAGGUUAACCGGCUGCUUUGCAAUCUUCUUGCAUAGCAUUGAAGGAAAAAACGAUUUUGUGCUGGAGUUUUUCUUACCAUCGGACAUCAACGACAGCAGACAUGUACCGGACUUGGUCCAAACGUUGAAGCAGAGUAUCGAGGCUGCCUCCGGUUUUGAAUUGGGUGACGGGUCAGCCAUGGAAAUUGUUGGUUCACCUACGGAUUCGUCUUUAAACGAAAUGGUCUCAUCGGAUUUAGAGUCGGUUGUGGCAGAUGCGGACGUCGCCGACCAAUGGUCGUCAACAAAAGAAGACAGAAAGCGUAAAAGAGAUUCAGAUACAGAACAAUCUACUAGCGGAGAUUCAGAUACAGAACAAUCUACUAGCACAGUGAUGGUGAACGUAACUUUUAACAAGUCUAAGACGCAGUUCGCUUUUCCUCUUUUUCGCGGACUGUCAAAAUUGAAAAGGAAAGUUGCAAAAAGGUUCAAGCUAGAGAGUCAGAAGCUUAAACUAGAAUACAUUGAUGAAGAGAAUGACAAGAUACUCAUUUGUCGUAACGAUGACUUGAAGCCUGCUCUGGAUGCUUCGGGUAGUAACUGCAGUAUGAAUUUAAUCUGUUCAGAGAUUAUUUAUUAGUUGGGUCAUUGAUCACAUGACCCUGAUUUGAAAUUUUGUAGAGAAUUGAUGACCUUGUUAAGAGUAGCUUUUGUCUCUAAA